AUGACAUAUCACUUCAAAGCGAAAACGUCUCUGACUCUUCCAGGAUUGAAACUUCUCUGCCCUAACCUCAAUGGAAAUAGGACAAUGAUCAGAAUCACUUGGAUUGAGCGUGAUUGCCCUACUAGAUGUUUGGUGGAGUUAAUUUGUAGCUUCUUUGUUGCAUCCUGGACUGGGGUUGUGAAGUACCAUGGGCCACGGCCUAGUAUCCGACCAAAGCAGGUUUUUGUGGCCAAUCAUACUUCUAUGAUUGAUUUCAUCAUCCUAGAACAAAUGACAGCAUUUGCUGUUAUCAUGCAAAAGCAUCCUGGAUGGGUUGGAUUGUUGCAAAAAAUUAUUUUGGAGAGUGUGGGAUGUAUCUGGUUCAAUCGUACAGAAGCAAAGGAUCGGGAAAUUGUUGCAAAGAAAUUAAGGGAUCAUGUGGUGGGGCCUGACAAUAACCCUCUCCUUAUAUUUCCCGAGGGAACAUGUGUAAACAAUCACUACACUGUCAUGUUUAAGAAGGGUGCAUUUGAGCUUGGCUGCUCAGUUUGCCCUGUUGCAAUCAAGUAUAAUAAAAUUUUCAUUGAUGCAUUCUGGAACAGCAGAAAGCAGUCCUUCACAAUGCAUCUCCUACAGCUUAUGACAUCUUGGGCUGUUGUUUGUGAUGUGGGGUAUUUGGAGCCUGAAAAUAUUAAGCCCGGGGAGACUGCCAUUGAAUUUGCAGAGAGGGUCAGGGACAUAAUUUCUGUUCGAGCUGGACUUAAGACGGUUCCCUGGGAUGGAUAUCUGAAAUACUCCCGCCCUAGCCCAAAGCACAGAGAGCGAAAACAACAAAGCUUCGCCGAGUCUAUGCUCCAACGCCUAGAGGAGAAAUGAUAUUUGUUUCUUUCUUUUUUCAGUCUCCAUUCAUUUCAAACUUGUAGCAUGUACUAGUAGGGAUGGCAAUGGGUAGGGUAGGGUACAGGGAUCAAAAUACCGUACCCAUACCUUUUUACAUUUCUCAUCCCCGUUCCCGUUCCCGUCCCCGUACCCCUAAUUAGAUAAUGGGGAUUUUCUGUACCCGUACCCUUUGGGGAUUACGUUUCCAUAUCCGUACCCGUACCCGUUAACAAUUAUGUAUUAAAUUAAUUUUUUUUUAAA